AUGUUCGGUUGCAUCAAAUAUUCAAGACGUCGAAUCCAACCGAUUCGGGUGACAAGAAAGGAGAAAAGUCGGAUGAUCCGCGUGGUUGAGAAUCAGGAUGUGAACUCGAAAUUCAGUGUUUAUCUGACGUCGGAGAACGUGGAGGAUGUGCUGAGACAGUUGAAAGUGAAAGAGACAAUCUUUGAUGUUUGUGAGAAAAACGAGAAUAGCUUGAGUUGCUAUCUCCACAGAGACUCAACAGAGGAAGAUAUCGAUUCUCAAUUAGUGCAUCUCUUUAAUUAUCUAUCGGAUCUUUUCAAUAAUAAGAUUGUCACCGUCUGGAUUCGACCAUCUCAGAUUGGAACGUCUCCUUUUCUUUUUUCGAAUCUCCAGUUUGGAAGUUGUCAAUUAAUUAAAAUUCUCAGUGGCAAAUCUGAUAUACUGUCAAAUGAAGAGGAAGACGUCAAAAAGUUCAUAAACCAUUGGAUGGCUGGGAGCAAUCCGAAACUGAUGCAUCUCAGACUAAUGGGUUUCAAAUGGGUGCCGAAUUGGGAGAACAUUUUGGAAGGGAUAGACUAUGGAGUAUGGGAUGAGAAAAUGGAGAAGAAGAGACCGAGAAACUUUCAAAACCGCUAUAUCUACAGUACGGAAGAAAUCGACUGCAAGAAUGGUCUGGAUUUCGAGAGAAAGAGUGAUGGAAUGAUUGGGACAGUCAUGCAUCAUUCUGAUCAGAUUGAUUUCUUCGUGUGGCACGAUAUACAAUUCUGA